AUUUCAUUCAAUGAAUUUGUAUUUACAAAAUUUUUACUUAUUUAAAAAUAGAAUUAUAUUAUUUUAAAGGUAACAAAAAAACCAAAGAAUAACAAUAUUUAGGACAAAUCUAUAUGUAAAACAAUAUGUGAGGAUAUUUAUGCGAAAUGGAUAUGACACCGAAUAUAAUCAAGGAAGAUAGCAGCAAUAAUCUCAAUGCAAAACUUGAAGAGGAUCUUGACGAUCUCCAAAUUUCCACUAUUAAUAACAAUGAUAUUAAUGAUGGCGUAUUCGAUAAUCGAGUGAGUUCAAGGACUGACGAUGUAGAUAAGUUUUCUUCUAUAGGAAAACGUUCGUAUGCGCCUGUUUUUGGUAGUGUUGCAGUGUCUAAUUCUGAUAAUGUUCAAUUUGGUGACACUACUCAUUUUCAUGGUCCUGUAACUAUCAUCCAUAACAACACUGGUGUCGAGAAUGUGUCUUACACACACACAGAAGAUGACAGUGAACCUAAACGAGAAACAUAUUCAACAACUACGAAAUGUGACGAACCUCCUGUUAGAAAGUUUCAAAUUCACUCCUGGGUAAAGGUAGUAAUCUCCGCAGUAUUUGUCAUUCUAAUUGCAGUUACAUGUGCCUUAGCUCUCUUAAUACCACGUAAUAAUAAUAGUUCCAAUGAUACUAUGACUGAAAUGGAAGCUGAAUUGGAAAACUGCAUCUCGGUGGUGGGAGUAUAUUAUAACAACAUACAACUGAUUACGUUUACUAUCAUAUCGGUACCCUUAAUAUUACUGUUAUAUUCAUUACUAACACUUCGAGCCCGUGAUAUUGAUAAGAAAAGAAUAUCCCAUUCUAGGAUUCAUAGUACUACAGAAUUUGAGACACGAAUGAUAAAAAAUGUUAAAGAGGAAGCGAAUACUCUGCUGAUAGCACCAAACCACUUGAGGAUAGUUCCAAGGGCGGAUUGGCUCGCUCAACCCGUAGAAAAUGCGCUUGAUAAGAUACGUCAACCAGUUCCAUGGGUAAUAGUUACGCACACAGCUACAGAAAGUUGUUACUCUCAGAGCGAGUGCGUGUAUCACGUCCGGUCAAUACAAAUGUACCACAUUGAGUCAAGGAAAUGGUUUGAUAUUGGAUAUAAUUUUUUGGUCGGAGGAGAUGGUUCUGCCUAUCUUGGACGAGGGUGGGACAGCGUCGGAGCACAUACCCUGGGAUACAAUCGUUACAGUAUCGCUAUUGCCUUCAUAGGCACUUUUAAUAACGAAGCACCACCACAGAGACAAAUAGAAGCUUGUGAAAAACUUAUUAAGCUUGGUGUUCAGUUAGGAAAACUAAAAGAAGACUAUAAAUUGUUUGCCCAUCGUCAACUAGCGUCAACGUUGAGUCCUGGUGAUAAAUUGUUUGAUAUUAUUAAGACUUGGCCACAUUUUGUAAAAGAUGUUACGAAUAUCACAGAGCUCAUUCCAAAUUAUUGAUUUUGCUGCCACUAUUAUAUUAGGAAAGUAAUGUUUAAUUAGCCAUCACAAUAGUACUCAAAUACUAAAUACAAAGAUUUAUUUUUAUUUAUUAGGAAAACAAUACAGUAGUAUAUCUAUAUAUGUAUAUAAUUUAAAUAAAUAUAUACAGAUCUACAUUGUUUUCAUAGAUGAUUACGUUGAUAUAUAAAAUAUGUUUUAUAAAUAAUUAAACAUAUGUUGCCAAACCAGAGUUAUUCUUUAGCGAAUUUAAAAAUGAUUUGUCUCUGUUUUUUAUAAUGAAAAAUAAAUAUUACUGAAUGUUACCGAAUGGCGACUAAUUACUUAAUAUUAUUAAUGUUUGACAAAUAUAGGGAUUUGUUUUCCAAUGUGAUAAUUUAGGGACUAUGUUAUGUUAUGUAAACAUGAAUAUUUUCCACAGAGACAUGUGGUGCGCUCAAUAUUAAGUAAGUUAUUAGCAUAAAAAAUACAAUUUUUAUCUACUUUAUUAGUUUUGUUUCAAUUUAUAAUUAUAAUAGAGUAUAGAACAAUUUAAUAUAAGUACAACAAUAUCAAACAAUAUUGUUACUGUAAGCAAUUUCUAUUAUGUAUGUAUAUCUUUAAACAAAUAUAUGAAAUGCGGAAGAUUUUUCAUCUUUUUUAUACAUUUCAUACAUUGUAAUAAACUUGCAAUGUCUUUCUGUAAUUAUUAAAAACAUUUAAAACAAGCUUGCAUUAAUCUGUCUAAGGUUUAAUUAAUUAGGUAUUCUAUGUUCUUCUCAUGUAGGUAUCUUAAUAUUCCUAUUUUUAAAUCAUUAAUUUUAAUAAUGGACAUGCUAAUGACAACAUAAAAAAAAAAAAUAGUUUAUUUUAUAUAAUAUUUUUUGGUAUCUAAUAGUUAUUAACUAUUUCUUAUACUAUAUGAAUGUGAAAAUUUAUAAUAUUAGACGGCAACGGCACGGAUCUGACAAAAUUCUAUUUUUAUACUAUUAUAUUUUUGCUGUAAAUUUCAUUCAAAUUAUAUUAUUAAGAAAGUAUAUCUAAUAUAUAUAUAUACAUAUAUUAAAAGUUUAAUUCUUAAGAAUUUGUUAAGGUGUAUGGUAACUUAUACAGAAAAGUAACUAUUGGUAUAAAACCAAUUAAAACUAUUUUUUUAUAAAUAAAUGAUCUGUAUAUGCGUAUAGCAGAGCUAUAUGCUGUAUAGAGCUCAGAUAAUACUGAAUGUUUAGAAGUAAAGAUGUGGUUUAAAAAGUAAUAAAUUCCGUACAUUACAAACAUGUAAUCUUUUUUUGUAACUGAUAUAGUUCAAUGCGAAUCUACUACUAAAAGUAGUUUAUUUUUUAAAUGAACAUGAAUUUAUUUAUUUCAAAUUUGUAAUGUAUUACCUUAAACCCUAAAACCUUAAGUUUGUAUUCUAUUACAUUUCGAAUUUAUAUAUAUAUAUGUAUAUAAAUGUAAUUGAUAUUUGAAUAUACUGUUAUUUGUUUGGCAUUUAUUGAAUAAUUUGUAAAUAACUACAUAUAGUUAUAUUGUUCUAUGUCAAUGUAACAGGUGCUACCAGAAGACUAAUAUACAAUAUAUAAUAAUAAUAUAUAAAAAUGUUGUCACAAAAUACAUAUGUUGAUUUUAGAAUAUGUUAUAUUUUGCUAACAUUAUAUUUUAUCUUUAUUAUUUGGUUUGGAUUAGUCUAUAUCUUGAUAUGGAAUACCAUGUAUUUGGUUAAAAUGGUUUACAGAGUAAUGCAGUCAUUUAGAAAAUAAACUUAAUUUCGCUUCACCGAUGAUAUUUUAUUUGCACAAAUAUAUAUACAUAUAUAUAUAUACAUAAUAUGUCGAUUAUGUAAUUAUGUUUUAUGUUUAAUAUCGGUAUCUUAAUGUAGAAUAUCCUUCACAGUUCCUUCGCAGACUCCUUAUGUACUAAGACUGCCUCUAAAUUGCACAUUAUGCCCAGUGUAAGGGCAGUAAACCUAAUAUAGAAAGAAAAAUGGUACCCAUUCUCAGUGAUAUAAAAACGGCGGGGGUCAUUACUAACCUGAGAAAUAC